GAACCCCGUUACAUCCGAAUCAUCGUAUUAUGUUAAGAAUCAUUGCACCAAAGUGGGCACGUGUUAGAAAGAUGGAAUUCACGUGGAUAAAUUGUUUUUCUUGUACCGUGCCCGAAUAACAGGCCUAACAUAAGACGUAUGACGAAAAUUACUUUCGAAAAAUCCAUGUCUUUCUUAGAUUAGAUUGUCAAACGUGGGAAUAAAAUGUCUUGGUUGGGAUGUCUACCCUGGUCUCAAGGGAUCAAAAAACGCGCCUGCAGAUAUCUCCUACAACGAUAUCUUGGUCAAUUUUUAGAGGAGAAAUUGACAUUGGAUCAGCUCACUGUAGAUCUUUACAAUGGAACUGGUCGUGUAACCAAUGUCAGGCUUGAUGUACAGGCACUUAAUGAGAUGGGAAAACAACAACAUCUCCCACUAGAAUUUGUUGAUGGUUUUGUGGCAGAAAUGUCUGUCAGCAUACCAUGGUCAGCUCUGCUCAGUGAAGCUAGUUAUGUGGAAGUAACCAGUUUAAGAUUAACUGUGCAACCUAGGCAAAGAGCAGAAAGUGGAACUUCCAUGUUUGAAUCUAUGUGGAGCUCUAUGACAUCCAGUAUGCAACUUGCACAAGAAUGCUUACAAGAGGAUGCAAAUAAUGUUGGAAAUUCACAACCACUAGAAGGAGUUGAAUUAUUUGCACAAACAAUAGAUUCAAUUUUAUGCAGGGUGAAAGUAAGAUUUAUAGAUACUGUAAUACGCUUGGAACAUGUGCCACUGGAUUCUUCAACUGGUGUUGCAAUAGAAAUGUGUAUACAAAAUCUUGAAUAUUCAGAUGAAGCAGGCUUGGAUCCAAGCAGUACUUCAUUAGAUCCUAGUCAGUCAACAAAAGGAUAUGUUAUGUCAGCAUUCAUGACAAAACGAUUUUACUUGGAAGGGGUGACCUUUCAUACAGAUGAAUUUCCAUCUCGUGCAAGAACCUUUUCUAGAAGUAUCAUAACAACAAGCAGCGGUUCUACACCAGAUUCUAAAAAUUCAGAUGGCCAAUUUUCUUCUGCACAAAUAUCUCCCAAUCAAAACACGCAAAGUCCUACAGAAGGAAAUAUUAAUAAUUUAAAUGAAUCAAAUCCUAUAAUGUUUGCUAAGUUGGCAGGCAGGCAAGAGAUAAGAAUGAAGCUGAAGCAAGGAGAAAGUGUUUCAGGGCCAAAGGUAGAAUUAGAAGUGACACUGGGGUCAUUUACUUCGUUUUUAAGCCCGCGGCAGGUGCACGUGCUAUUAGAAUUAGGACACGGACUUGCAUCUCCGGAUUUGGAAGAUGUUAGUAACGUUGCACCAAAAACGUACACUGAGAAACCUAUGGCCGGUAGUGAUUUUAAUCGUGUGGAGCGAGAACUCGUUGAUCAAAUACAUUCAACUCAAGGAUUACGUUCUACGGAUUUAAAGCAUACGCAAGGUUGGUCGGCAGCGUCUUGGGAUGAGUCUGAUAACGAAGACGUAUUUCUACCGAUGCGACUGCCAGGAUCCACAUCAAUGAGUGAUUCAGUCACAAGCAAUAAUGUUAGCAUGGAUGGGAGUACAUUGUACAGUAGUAUUAACUUAAAAAAUUCAGCGACAAAUUUACCAAAGCAACAAAAACAUUGGCAUAGCGUGGAUAAUAGCCCCUCCGCGGAAACGUCUCAUUUUCAUGUGAGAGUAUCUUCCAUUGCAGUAAUCCUAUUGCACGAAGAUAUAUUGACCACGUGUGUAGACGGAGGUGGUCUAACGCGUUCUAGCAUACAGCAGAUGAAAAAUUUGGCGGACGAUUUUUUUAAGCAAUUAGGAUUGUUUGCAGCUGGAGGAUAUGGAAAUAAAGAUUUUGAUAAAGCAUCUAAAAUACUUUUAGAUGCUUGCCAUUUAAGCCACAUUAGAUUACUUACUGCACCGCUGGUUAUUGAAGGAAGGGAAAAAAAUACCACAUUAUCCUCUGCAGUAUCUGGAACUUUAACUUUAGCUAGCUUAGAAAUCGUAGAAUGUUUAAUAGAUUCGAACAAUUCUAAUGCAAAUGGAAUUUCGCCUACAGAAUUUGUAGAAUUGCUUACCUUUUCAAAAAAAAGUUCAUCAGGUGUUGGUUUUACCAAUAAAACGGACUUUCAAAUGAAAUUUAAAUAUGUAGAGGAUAUUCAAAAUGCACGACAGGCUCAAUUAAUGAAAUGUGCACACCCUUGCACAGAAAUUGACAUUGAAUUGGAACCAUGCAAAAGCGAAGUUGAUAUAACCAUUGUAGAUAGGAUAUGUGCUCUACUUAAUCCGCAACCUAUUUGCGUUUACAAUCCUGUAUCUAACGAUAGAAACAUUAAUCAACAAACGUUGUUUUAUCAAGCUGUAGAGAGUCCCACUUUAUCAGACUUUGCAGCUGUCAUAAACGUAUCUUCGUCACAAUGUACAAUAAAGUUAAGGUUUCCAAUACCAGAUUUAAGGCCGUUGCACGAUAUGAAUCGGGCGCCAUGGUGGAAGAGAUCAGUGAGAACGGAUUACGUGAUCUUAAAAUUGACAGAUGCACAAAUUCAUUCUACUAUAAAGAGUCGUCCUCAACCUGUGACGAAGCACGAAGUUCAAUUUAGAAAAUUAUUAUUCUCGUAUGCAGAAACCGAUACAGACAUACCAUUGAAUAUAGGCAAAGUUACAACCGACGAGAAGAACGUGUCGUGUCAGCAAGUCAACGACGAAGGAUUUGAUUGGGCUCGAAUAGUUAUUACAAUUUAUCCACAACGUUUAAGCGGUCAGUUGGAAGACAGUUCUGAGGAAGAACCAGAUUCUAGUUUGGAUGAAACUCUGGAGAACGCGCCUAAACACCAGCCAUCGCCAUUCAGCUCGAAACGCGUUAUUCAUGAAUCUGACACACCUCAUUCCAGACCUCAUGCACAGGGCGAUAAGAAUGAUUCAGAGCAAAGGGAAGGCGAAGAAUUAAUUAUACCGGGAAGUCGAGAAGAGAUGCAAGAGUUUAUGGAUGAAGGCAUUCAUAGCUCUAGGAUACAGUUAGAAAUCUACUUUCCAUGUGUCUCCGUCCAGAUACCAUCUAAACACCUAUACGAGUUGUUGUUUAACAGAUUCAACACUGAUCUUUUUUUAUGGAAACCAUCAGCGCCGAGACCAAAGUAUGGCACACACGCAGAGAAUCAUAUAGGUCUCGACUUGGCGUCCACUUUGUUGCAAGAAUCAGUUUAUCCUAGAUUUAGCACGUGUAAAAGCAGAGUCCAGUACGAUUCUGAGUCAGACUCAGACGAGGAAGGAAUAUUUAAUUCUGCAGCUGACAAGAGCUACAGACAACAUCAGGAGAAGGUGUCCAGGAAUAGUCAGAGUAAUCUAGCACUAAUUCUGAAUAUAGAUCAAGGUCUCCUCUGUAUGUACACGCCCGUUCGCGAUGCAAUGCGUAACGUUAUUCCCGGGCAACAAGGGGAAUUAAUAAUCCGAGUGGAAGACGCGACGAUUUUCUCAGUGACCUCGUAUAAAGGGAACGCGAAUCUCAGUUACCUAUGCGCAAUGGUAAAAGAAACGUCUUUGGAUCAUUGUGGAUUAAUGACCACCCCGUCACAGCCACCUUCAUUGAGACAUAUUGAUAGCGCCACACCGCGACAUUGUCAGAAUGCUAUAUAUAAAAGCGAGCCAGGUGCAAGUGCAAUAGCUACGAGAAAUAGCGACAAAGAUAUGGUGACGCUUGCCAUUCGGAUACAGGCUGCACAUCAGACGCAUCGUAUCAAAACUUUUAGAGUGGCAGUAGGCAUAGCGAAUGCAACACUGAGACAUAGAAAGUGCAUCACUGAUACAUCGUGGUUCAGACAACUAACAGAUUGCCUGGAUGUAGCGGAUCAUCCAGUUGCAGGAUACUCACCACCAGGAAUAUUAACAGAGUUACACUUGCACUUUUGGGAUUGCGCGGUUGAUUAUAGGCCAAUUCAUCUACCAUUAAGAUCAAUGGUAACUCUCGGUAAUUUUAGCGUGUCUAGCAAUAUUGCUGCUCGAGACUAUGUGUGCGUAAUGGAUGUAGCGUUGUUCGAGUUAUCGUUGAGAUUGAAUGAUAAAAUGUAUGGUGGAGCACCCAGGGUGGAUCUGAGAGCAAGUAACAACGUACUGCACGUUCGAACGUGUUCAGACUCUGGUCGUGCUCUUAUUCAGUUGCUGACUUAUUUCGCCAACGACGGAGACUUGGCACCUAAUACGGAAAGUCUCGAAAGCUUCACAGUACCAAGUUCUGGCGACGAAGAAGGUCUUUUAGGGGAUGAGUGUAUUAAUACUUUGAGCGAGAGUCAAGUUCAACGUGUGAGUAAUUUGAUGAAAGAGGCGAUGGAAGAAACUGUGAAAGGAACGCCUUCUAAAGUGGGCAGUAACAAAACAGUAGCUGAAAAACCGGUGGAAGUGUUUUUCUUUCCGGACGAGUCUUACCCUGCUUCGCAAACGGUACCUGAAAUGUGUAAAAGUCCUGAAUGUGCCAAGACAGAGUGUAAUAUAGAGGUUGAAGACGCGAACGAAGAUUUUUGUAUAUUAGGGGAAGAAGCUGGUACAGGCAUCAUGCCAAGACACGGUGUGCCGGAAGUUCGUUGGCUUUGUCAAGAGUCUUUAAGAAUAGUAGAUAACCACUUCGCGAUUCCACUUGGUAAAAUUGAUUUGUUGAAGGCUCCGAAACAUUUUCCGCCACCCAUUUUAAGGUACACCCUGUGCGAAAUGACAUUGGUGUGGCAUAUGUAUGGAGGAAAGGAUUUUGAAGCUGCACAAUCGUCUACUAAAAAGCAAGUUGUCAUCAAUGACACCGUGCUUCGUCCUAACACAACCUCUCAAGAUAAAAACAGAUCACCAUGGUGCGAUGGAGUGACUUUCAAUAAAUCCAAUCCCAAUGAAAUACACUUUGGAAAGGUAUUAAAUUCACCGAGAGGAAAAUGCAAAGAAACAACAGAUUGGCAAGUGAUGGGAGGACCUGGUCGCAGGCACGAUAUUUUAAUGGAACUUCAAUUGAAUAAAGUACGCUUUCAACAUGAAGUUUAUCCAGAGAACACCGCAGAAGCGGCGAGGCAAAUAUUAUUGGUGAACGAAAUAGAAAUCAGAGACAGAUUGGCGUCCUCGCAUAUUAACAAAUUCUUAUAUCAGUACAUUAGUGAGGCGAUGCCCAGACAGUCACACGCAAAUAUGUUUGCCAUGAAGGUGGUUCACGUAAGACCUGAUCCGAGAUUAAGUGCUCAAGAGUGUUGUCUGAAGCUCAGCCUACUGCCUGUACGUCUAAAUAUUGAUCAAGACAGCCUACUGUUCUUGAUAGAGUUCUUCAACGAAUUGGGUAGCGGUACGAAGUAUGCUCAAGAGAAUUCUAGCACGCCCAAUAAUCCUCAAUCCGCUCCGGUAUCCAAGCAAGGGACACCAACGCAUCAUCUGCCUGUUAUGAGUGUAAAUGACACUACGCCUAAUUCCCCGACGCCAACGAAUACGUCUCAAAACGAUAGUAUAGAUCCAAAUUUAUUAAUACUCUUGGAGGAUGAGUUGAUGAUCAAAGAAAAUAAUAAAGUGCAAGGAAAACGGACGCAAGAAGUUCACGAAGAUUGUCAACCGAUAUAUUUUAGGAGUGUGAUAUUUUCCCCUGAAGUCCUUAUUAGAUUAGAUUAUCACGGGAAGCGUGUAGAUCUCACUCAUGGGCCGUUAGCAGGCCUUCUAAUGGGUUUGGCGCAGUUGAACUGUUCCGAAUUAAGACUGAAAAGAUUGACACAUCGACAUGGACUUCUGGGAUUCGAUAAGCUUAUUACGUUUUUACUUUCUGAGUGGUUCCAAGACAUAAAGAAAAACCAGCUACCAAGUUUGCUUGGCGGUGUUGGUCCUAUACACUCAUUAGUACAAUUGUUUCAAGGAAUAAGGGAUUUGUUCUGGUUGCCUAUUGAACAAUAUCAAAAAGAUGGUAGAAUAAUUAGAGGUUUGCAACGAGGUGCGAACAGUUUUACGAUGUCCACAGCUAUGGCUACGUUAGAGUUAACUUCCAGAUUGAUACAUGCUAUACAAAGUACAGCUGAGACUGCUUACGAUAUGGUCAGCCCUGGUCCCAGUGUGAGACAUAAACACAAGGGACAAAAGGGACGUCGGAAAAGAUACAAUCAACCGUUGGACAUUCGAGAAGGAAUGGCUAAUGCUUACAUGCUAGUAAAAGAGGGUCUGGGAGAAACUGCAAAUCAAUUGGUGCGUGUGGCUAGCGAAGAACACGAACAAAAGGGAGUUUCUGGUGCUGUAGGAGGAGUUUUGCGGCAAAUACCACCGACAGUCGUUAAGCCGAUUAUUCUGGCUACGGAAGCGACUAGUAAUGUUUUAGGUGGCAUGCAAUCGCAAUUAGUGCCAGAUGUCAGGCGAGAGGCUGUUCAAAAAUGGCGGCAAGAUUCAAACGAUAUAAAUUGAAGUUGCUAACUUCGAGCGGUUAUAUUACAAGUCGAUAUCUCGAUCGACCAUCAUGUAACAUAUGAAUCCAUGACGUGAAAAUUAACAGAAGGAAAAAC